UCACACGCCAUAAGGGUAUGCAUUGAUUGGAGCGUGUGUAUAUAUAUUCUGUUGUCUGUUGUUAUGAGCCGCACCGCACAUUCUAAUCUCAAAACGCAAACACACUUUCGCUGCGCCUCCUAUCGCCUCAACUAUUUCUCAAUCUCUUCUGCAGUUUUUGGUUGUUGGCACAGGAUUCCUGCUAGUUCUGCGGUAGCAGAUUCUGAGGUGAAGGUGCACGUUGAAGUUUUUUUCAUGUUUGAACAGGCAACCAUCCAUUUGGGAGCAAUUGAGUUGCUUACAGAGUGUUUUACUUCUUCUAAGAAAAAGAACAAGCCUUUGCCGAGGAAAAUCAGCUGUAUGCAUCGUGCCCCUUAUCAGGAACAUACUGAGCUCUGUUGUUUCUAUUUGCAGCCUCCCGCAAUCUCUGAAGGAGAUUCUCUCUGAUCAUUACCAGCAAAUCUACAUUGCUGGCUGUGAUAUUCGAACCUGUUUCUCUGCUAUUCCGUACAUUUGAGUCAUCAUGGCCUUACAGAACAUUGGUGCUGGCAACAGUGAUGAUGCCUUCUACAGGUACAAGAUGCCUAGAAUGAUCACUAAAAUUGAGGGCAGGGGUAAUGGCAUCAAGACAAACAUUGUCAAUAUGGUGGAUAUUGCAAAAGCUUUAGCAAGGCCAGCCGCAUACACAACUAAGUAUUUUGGUUGUGAACUUGGAGCACAAUCAAAAUUCGAUGAGAAAACUGGGACUUCUCAUGUUAACGGGGCACAUGAUACCCCAAAACUUGCUGGUCUGCUCGAGAACUUCAUUAAGAAAUAUGUUCAAUGUUACGGUUGUGGAAAUCCUGAAACUGAGAUUUUAAUUACUAGAAAUCAGAUGAUCCAGCUGAAAUGUGCUGCUUGUGGCUUUGUGUCUGACGUGGAUAUGAGAGACAAGCUGACUACUUUCAUCAUUAAGAACCCACCAGAAACGAAGAAAGGUUCUAAAGACAAGAAGGCCAUGAGGAGAGCUGAAAAGGAAAGACUGAAGGAAGGUGAAGCAGCUGAUGAGGAGCUGAAAAAGCUGAAGAAAGAGAUUGUCAAGAAGAAAGUAGCUCCUAAGGAAGGCACCGCAAAAUCUAGCUCUUCAAGAAAGAAAGGAAAUGGCUCUGAUGAAGAUCAUUCAUCUCCUACUCGAAGCCCAACUGAUGAGAAGGACGAGGCUGAAGAUGAGGACGAUGUGCAGUGGCAAACAGACACAUCACUGGAGGCUGCUCGGCAACGAAUCCAAGAACAGCUAAGUGCUGUGACAGCUGAUAUGGUCAUGCUCUCAACCACUGAAGCAGAGGAGAAAGCAGCCUCUAAGGUAAGUGACAAACCCAACAAUGGCAACUCCAUGAACUACAAGACUCUUGUUGCAGAAAUCAAAGCUGAUUUGAAGAAAGGUGUCAAGGCUAAAGACUUGGUGGCCCACUGGGCAACACUUCCUGUUUCUCCACAAGAAAAGAUGAAUGCUCUGUAUGAAGCCCUAUUUGGGGACAUUGAGAAAGGGUUUGGAAAAGAAGCACCUUACAAGAAGAGCUACCUUGUUGCUGCUGUUGCCGAGGAAGAGGGUAUGCCGUUGUUGCUGCUGCGGGCAAUUGAGGAAUUUUCUUGCAAGUCCACUUCUGCACUUAAGGAAGUUGCACUGGUUGUGAAGGCUCUUUACGAUGUUGAUGUCUUGGAGGAAGAGCACAUUAUGAAGUGGUAUCAAGAAGGGCUGAAAGGAGACAGUAAGAACUCUCAGAUUUGGAAGAAUAUGAAGCCUUUCAUUGAGUGGCUCCAGAGUGCAGAAUCAGAGUCUGAGGAAGAAUAGCGUGUUGGUGGGUUUGUUUCAUCUGUGCUUUGAUCGUUACUUUUAGUUUUUGAAUAAAGGGUGUGGUUUUCCCCUAAUGUUGUUGAGCUUUUGUUUUAAAACUUUAAAUUGUGAUGUUUGUCUUUUGUUUAUGCCUCCUAAAGUUAUGGUCUGAGACUAUUUGAGCUUUGUUUUAAACAUGGAAUUCUGGUGUGUUUGUGUUUAUUAAACUCUUCCUGGUGUUAUUAUAAUGGUAUUUUAUCUUA